UUAUCACAUCCAUCCGUCCAUUUGCGGCGCCCCCAACGUCGCAAACAUCUCCGAAGGAUCCGCCGAAACGCGCAAACCGGCGCCGCGAAGUUCGGCCGUCGAAACGCCAUGGCGGCCGUGCGCCCGCCAGAGGUCUCGCUUUACACAAUGCAGAUGAUCCCUGAGACAGAGACAUGGAAAAGUCAUGGAAAAGCGUUUUUUUUUCGACGCGUUGAUCAUUUCGUCAACGCGGCUCACAUGAUGCUGCAAUUCGGCGGUUUUGCAUUGCUACAAGCAAAGCAGUUUUACCUCACCUACUUCCUCCAGAUUGUCUUGUACAUGAACUAUCUCCUUUCCUUUUUUGCGGUAAUCCUGAUUGUCAUCGAGAAUUACGCCUACAAAGCGGAGGAGGCAAAGAAGACAGAGGGCUGCUGCCCGUUUGCAGUGGCAUCUCCACAAGCGUGGCUGGUUGGCACUCAAGAGCCAACAGAUUGCGCAAAUCCAUCAGAGGUUGAGCUCACACCAUUCCAAAGACCCUGGAUUUUUAGCCCGCCUGAGAAGAGCGAUGGCUACUACAACCAAAGAACCAUGGCGAUGUGUUUGGUGCAAGCGCCUCAACAAGCAGCAAGCGGCAUUUUAUCGAAGUCAAGAAAGCAGUGGCAACAACAGGGAGAUUGGGAAGAUUGGGGCUAUUCACCAAGAAGGCGUGGGAGUGCCUCACAAUACCGAUCAACCGAAUCGCCGCGCAAGCGGCCAAAAACUCCGAAGAAGAAGCAAGCCAAGGAAAGUUAUGGUGCACCGAUGUUGGAUCCACCAUGGCAACCUGCAGCUUCGACAGCAUUGCCGCCAACACCAGAACCUGCUGUGCCGACAGCAGAAGUGAUUCUGCUUCAACAGCUGGUGCAAGCCUUGGAGACUACCGACAACACAGUCUCCGACGAAGUGCAAACGGUUAUCAACAAAACCAAGAAAGUGCCAAUGAUGGAACCAUCGGUCUCAGCCAAGAGUGUGCGACAGGCCUUCGACAAAUUGGAGAAGAAAAGGAAAAGUCUGCAGCAGGCGCAGCAGGCAAGAGGCAAGCUUCAUCAGUCUUGGUUCAACUAUACCGAAGAAUCCGCAAAGAGAUGGCGUUCCUUUGCCGAGGACUUCGCAAAGAAGGAUCAAGAGCUGGAGAAGAGAGUCAUAGAAGCCAAAGAACUCGUACACGAGGCGAGGCAGAAAUACGAUGCAGCCAAGGAAGCCAACGACAAGCAAGACGCCGCACUCCUCGAUGCAGUGGAAGAGAUCUCAGAUGGCAUGGACGAGGACAACCCGGACAAGAUGGCAUCGUCGGAAGAGAUCCAAGCUGGGAUCCAAUCCAUGCUUACUACGCUAGAGGGCUUCAGACCACGGCCAGUGGAAGAAGCGGCGGAAGCGCAUCAGGCCAAAAAGCCAAGGCUCGACACUGUGGCAGAGGAGGUUUGUCUUAGGCAUAUGAAUUGCAGCUUUGAGCAAGCUGCAUACCCGGAAAAUCAGUGGACGCACUCCAUCCUUGACGAGCACACGUUUCUCAAUGAAUGGCGUGCGAACAUCAAUGGAAUCGACUUGGCUUUUGAAGUUUCGCAAAUGCUUGGGUCUAGCUUUGCAAAGACUCCCAUUCCCAAGUUGACCAUGCCGAAGAUCGCAAGCAGUUCUCAUGUGCAAUUUGCAGAGUCAGUUGAGCUCUAUGUGGGUCAUGAGCAUGAUUGGCAUCUACAAUUUUGGCGUCAUGAGAUCGAAGUUCCAGUUGAUCAUGCAGACAUUUUCCAUCCAUUGCAUUUUCCCUUGAGUGAUGAAACUUCCUUCAUGGCGACAACGCAGCAGCAUCGACCUCGAGCCUUUGGUCCUCACCCGCACGAACACCAUGACCUCAUGCAAGAUGUUGACAUUGGAAUAGAACCAGGAGAAGAGCUUCCACAUGAUGAUGAUAUGCCAGCUCCAUCGGAUGACGACAACAGUGUAACUGCAUCAGAUGAUCCAUCUGAGCGUCCGGACUGGUUUGCAACUUUGCUUUUUGCCAUUGACUUUCAGACAGUUCCUAUGAGGGUUGAUUGGAACGACUAUGAGUCAAUGCAUGCAGAGGCAGCACAUGAGCUGGGCAUACGCUGGUUUGACACGAUCAUUGACCAUCCACUAGUUCCGCUGAGACCAGAUGCUGAUGACACAGCACUGCUUCAGCAACAGUGGUACAUUCUACCACCCUUGCCGCAGCCACCAUGGACACUGAUCAAACAGAGAGAAUGCAGAAUCACUGCAACUGAUGCUGAGCCUUUUGAACAUUUUGAGGAAGAUCCAGAAGAUGUCUACAGGCAUUCCAUUCCAACAAGCACGCCAGAUCUACCUGGAGGCUUUGUGCCCAGACCGGGCCUUGAUGAGCAGCCAGAGUACAUCUACAAUCUCUUCGAACAACUUGAAGAACAUGGUGCAGUUGAGGUUGAAGAAGAAGGCCAAGUACUCUAUGUGAUUACAUGGAUGUUACAUGAUCCCGAUUUUUCAGUAUGUCGUGACUACCGCACAGUCAGACUGACUUCGGACUUUCAGCAUUGGCAACAACAGCUCCUCACUGCAUGGCGUGACCAACUUGUAGAAGAAAUACCAGUAAAUUUCUAUCUUGUCUUUCCUCAACCGCCAACCACACGAAUGCAACCAGAAGUACUGCCACAUGUGAUCUUGGUGCAAAGGUAUCCUGAAAAUCACAGGGUAGCAGUCAUUACGCAGAUUGACACUAGAAAUCCAAGCGAUCAUUUCAAGCAUGUGGCGCUUUUCAUGCCGGCCAUCACUGGCAAAUUUGACAUUGUUGCUGCAGUUGGAGAAGUUGAUCGAUGUUAUCCAUUCGUCUCUGACCUACAAUGCAUGACAUGGCACGGUGAACAGCAGAUUUAUGAAGGUGGGCACAUUGCCACACAUCAUGGCAUUUCCUUCCUCAUCAUCCUUCAAGACCUUGGGACCACAGGAACUGAAGUAUGGAAUGAAAGCGAAACCGAUGCCACAAAUCUCAUGCAGAGUUUCGGAGCCAGCAGCAGUAGACAGAAUGAAACGCCACAAGAUGGACCAUCGCUUGAUCCCUCUGCACCGAUUUUUCAGCCGGGCAGACCGAUUAUCAGUGCUAUGAAUGAGUUCAUCCAAGAUCUUUACCACCAAGGCAGGCAAUGUGACACCACUCAAGAUGAUUGGUCCUUGCUUGUUGAAACUUGGUUUGUUGAUCACGCCAACGGCAGAUUGCACUGCACUGAGCCCAGAAAGGUUCGACUUCUGGAAGACUAUACGCAGUGGGAGCAUUGGCUUGCACAAAGGUGGCAUGAUCUCAGAAUAGAUUCCUUGGACCUGGAGUUCAAUCUUGUAUCACCACACCCUGAUGAAGCACAUCAUGAAGUGAAAGCGCAUAUCAUCCUGAUCCAAGCUCCACACCCACAGCUUGUCACCAACUUGCUAACAGUCUAUGAUGACAGCGCAGCUCUACCGCAUUUCAGACUGCGCAAUGCCAUCACUACGCAUGAACAUCUGCGUAUUGAGCACUUGGCGCAAGGUAUUGGGAUGUAUCAACAAUGCUUUCAUGAACCCAGAGUCAAUGAAUGCCAAGCAUGGUGUGGACCUCACCAGUUAUUUCCAGGACGUCCAUUUGCUGCACGCUCCGGAUAUGCAAUACAAAUGCAAAUCAGACAGAGACACAGGCAGCAGGAAGGAAUGAUGCUACUGCAGCUUGACAAGCUCAUCAGUAAUAACCGUGAGCGCCAAACACGUGGGCAGGUGGCUCACACCCACGGGCCACGGGAACAAGAAGAAGAUGACGAAGUAGCUGAAGUUUCUUUCACAAGAAUCCUGGACCUGCAGCAUUCAGGACAGCUACCAUCCAUCAUUGAAGUAGCAGGACUUGCAACCCCUGCUAGUGUCGCUGCGGAGUUGAAAGCAUGGGGUCAUGACACUGAUGCGAUCGAUUGCUGGCCGCAGCAAGUUUUUGCCUGCAACCUACCGAAAGAUGAUGACUGUCGUUUGCAGCAUUACCUCUUUUGCCGAAGUGAGGUAUAUGACGACAUAGAAGUCUUUGUACACACGCAGAUUGGAGACAUGCCUGACCAAGCCAUCCUGACGUUUCUGUGUCAACUGGACUUUCCACGAGCAGUCACCAUCACAAAGGAAACAAUACGCACCCAAUGGUGCAAGAUCGUUUUCAGUCACCAAGAGCCCCAACAUGCGAAGCCACAGGUGAAGAGCCCAGGAUUGUGGCCUCCGCCUUUUUCGGUUAGAAAACCAGGAGGGGCUCCCUUGAUGAACCUUUCUCAAGUUCAUGAACUGCAAGGUCGUUGUAUCAUGAAAACGCUGCUAUGCCAAAGCGAUGUGCAAGACCUCUUCGCAUCUGGAGAUGAUAUUUUGUGCCGUGAUUUCACAUGCUUUGAGUUGCCAGAUCACAUCAAGCCUGCCUUCGAGCACUACAACUCGGAGGACACCAUGCCAGCAUUGGAGACCUUUGAUCGCAUCCUGAUUUUCACAGAUGGAACAUCUGCACCAGAAGCCAAACGUCUGCCUCCAGACAGAGCGGAUGAACUUGGAAAACCUGAUGCAUGGGCUUUCUUAGUCAUUGGCGAGCAUGUCCAUGAGGGACAGCACAGCUUUCAACCUCUAGGAUGGACAGCGCAAGUAGUCAGGUAUGACGACAAAGGCACACACUACAAUGGAGUCACAAGGAUUGGGUCAGAUCUGGCCGAGCGCAGUGCUCUCACUUGGGCUGCUUUCUGGCGCCUCUCACAGAAUGUCUCUGUAGAGACCAUCUUUUGUAUUGAUUCUGCAGUGACGGGAGGACAAGCUUUUGGAGAACUUGGUGCUGCAUAUGCGGACGAGUCUUUUCGUUUGCAAAGAGGACUUAUUCAAGCCCUUGAAGCUGCACUACCACCAGAACAUCUCCACUGGCAUCAUGUGAGAUCGCACACGGGCCUCAUUUUCAAUGAGUUUGUUGACCUUGCGGCCAAACGUGAAGCUGUGCAAAGCUUUCACCACCCACGCCAAAAGUUGUCAAUGCAGAGAUGGAAAGACAUCAUCCCACAUUUGUGGUUGACAUUUGCAGGUCCACGGUGGGGCAUGCCACAUUGGAAGAAUGGUGGUUUUGAAAUUCCUCCACCUCGUUUGCCUCCGCAACAACCACGACAAGAGGAACACCCUCGCAGAUUGAUCCAGCACAAGCACAUCAAGUUUGCAAUUAGUCUGGCCACAGCAAAUGUUCAAUCGCUGUCACGACACCCAGAUGGACAUGCCAGAAAACUCCACUUUCUGCAGCGUCAAAUGAAGGAGUUCAGAUUGAACUGCAUUGGUGUCCAAGAAGCUCGCACAGAACAAGGAGUUGCUUGCAGCAACAACAUCCUGAGACUAUGCUCUGGACAUCACCAACACCAACUUGGCGUUGAAUUGUGGAUUGAUCUUGAUUUGCCCAUUGGUCAUGACACGAAGCGGCGACCAUGCAUGCUUCAAAGAGCUGAUGUUCAAGUCACACAUGCCGACCCACGAAGGCUCUUUGCCAGAAUUGAGAAUGCCGCAUGGACAGCAUUGGUUGGUGUCCUUCACGCACCGCAUAGUGGUUUUUCAAUGGCAGUGCGUGAGGAAUGGUGGCACGAAACACAAUUGAUCAUAGAUCAAUGCAAGACAGCUGACCCCCUCUUCAUAUUGAUGGAUGCGAACGCACCUCCAGGUGAAGCAGACGGGCAAAUUGUUUUGCGCAAAGGAUUUGACACCACCCAAAGCACAAAGUUUCUACGUGAAUUUCUGAACACCAACAACAUGUGCCUGCCAGCGACUAGCCAGUGCCAUGAUGGUGAGCAGGGAACAUGGCUUGAUCUUCGCGGAGAAAAACUGCAUUGCAUUGACCAUGUAGCCAUUCCUUCCUCAUGGCUUCCUUGUGCCACUCAUUCACAAGUUCUCCAAGAAUUUGAUCUUGCGACAGUGAAAGACGACCACCGCUUGGUUGCGCUCCAACUGCAAUGGAGUGACAUUGUUGAGAUCGUGAAGAUACAGGGCAAUGCGAGGAAAGCUGUUGACAUCGAUUUCAAGAGAGUUGAUCUCACGGAGAUGAUCAAGAGCUACCAGCCAGCCCUAUGGGAGACUGACAUUGAGCAGCAUACUGAAGCCUUCAAUCAGCACUUGCACCUCACCAUGCAAUUGGGUGACCAGACCCAUGACCACAAGAUCAAGAAGCACUACAUCGAUGAAGAGAUUUGGGCUACACGAAAGUGCAAACUGCAACAUCGGGCCACAUUGAAAGCACUGAAGAUGCGUAUCAUGCGGGAUCUGCUCCGCAAAUGCUUCCAUGGAUGGCACGAUGGGGAACCAAGGCUGACGCUGAUGGAGUUGGCUACACAGCUUUACAGGGCCGACAAACCCGAAGAAACUGAAGCAGAAGACCUGAUGGAAUUCCUGGGGCGCUUUGCCAUUUUCAGCCGGCCUCCAUUGCAAAAGCGAGUGCUUUUCCUUGAUCUUACCGAAGCAUUUUAUCGCAUCAUGAGGCAAAUCACCAUUGGUGGCUCACCGACCGACGAAUUGAUAGCUCACGUGAUGCGACGUUUAGACCUUCCUCCUACUGCUUUGCAUGACAUCAGAGAAAUGCUGACGCAGCCCUCAGCGAUUCAGCAAGCUGGUCUCAGUGCAGCAGCACAGCGAUGUAUCCAGUCCAUACAUACAGGUACAUUUUUCUGGUUAGCGGGACAACAUGACGCAGCCAAAACCAGCAUGGGCACCAGGCCCGGUGACUGCUUUGCUGACGUAGUGUUCGGCUAUGCAUGGAGUGUUGUGCUCAAGAAAGUCGAAACAUACAUGGUGGAACGAAAUUUGACCGACAAAUUGCCGGCUGCCACUGCACCCACAUUCUUUGCAACUGCACACACAGAAAUGCACUGUGAACAGCCAGAAUAUGUCUUUAUCGGUCCUACGUGGAUGGACGAUGUGGCACUAUGUGUGGAGGGUAGUAGCCCGCAACAGCUUGAGAGCAGAAUGGGCAGUGUGGCCAGCUUUCUCUUGGACUCAUGCAAACAACAUAUGAUGACACCAAAUCUUGCUCGUGGCAAAACUGAAUUGCUCAUGGUAUUCAGAGGCGCAGGAUCGAGAAGAUUCACUACCAAGCACUAUGGCCCUGCAGCAUCAGAGACCUUCCCAGUGCUUUGUGAUGAGGGAGUGCAUCAUAUUCAAAUUGUGAAAAGGUACCGCCACUUGGGCGGUUGGCUGCAUCACAAGCCUGAUCAGCGUGUCGAGAUCAGGCAAAAGGGGGCUUUAGCUCAUGAAGCCUUCAGCAGACACCGAAAGGUCCUUUUUGUGAAUCAGCAGCUGCCUUUGUCCAAGCGAGCAGAACUGUUCACUACGUUAGUUUUGACCAAGAUGCUCUAUGGUGCAGACUCGUGGACAAUGUCCACCAAUAAGGACAAGGAGAAGCUACAUGCAGUGAUCAUGAGAUUGUACAAGCGACUCAUUUGCUGGACACCUGACAUGGACAUGAGUGAUGAAAUGAUCAUUGUUCAGACAGGCCUUCCAAGUCCUACAGAGCUUUUGCGACGUGCUCGCUUGCGCUAUCUUCUUGUCCUACUCAACUGUGAUAUACAGCGAUUGAUCAGCAGCAACAUGCGCUGCCUGACCGUGCCGGGAACGGGGUCAGAUGCGGAUAGACACAGAGAAGAAGUCCACGAUUUUAUGCUGCCACCUUUGAAAGGAGAAGGACCGCAUCUUCCUCAUGCACAUCCUCGUGAAGAUCCAUGCAUUGAUGAUGCGUUGUUUCUACAUCUUGUUGAGAUUAUUGACGAGAGGCUUUCACUCUCACAACUUCGAGAAUCUCUCUGCGAGUAUGUGAAGGUUCAUCCUAUGUCAUGGACUAUGUGGAAGACGACCCUCCGGUUCUUCAUGGACACUUUUGAAGAUGACGACGCAGCGUUCUUUCAGUAUGACCUCAUGGAACUUCGUGCAUUCUUUGAGCGACUCAUGCGCACCUCAACGUGGUCCUUCCUUCACGUGGAUGGUCUUGCUGUGGAGGAGCACCAGACCAAGACGAUUGAAGCAUGUCAUGAGCAAUGUCAAUGGUUUUUGGAACAUGCUGGAGUUUUUGAAACUCGCGUGCCACAGACCUUUGGGAGACAUCGAUAUGUCCUACAUGCCUUCAGUGGAAGACGCCGAGUAGGGGAUCUACAGUUUUUCCUUGAAAGGGCUGCAGAAGGAGACAUGCCAUAUGUGCUUCAUAUCAUUUCACUUGACAUCAUUGUGGACAAGAACUGGGGCAACAUGGCGAAGGCGGAGACAAGGAAAUUUUGGUUGGAAGCAAUUCGGUCUCGCUGGGUGAUCGCUUUCAUAGGCGGUCGCCCCUGCGAAACUUGGUCGCGGGUCCGCUCAGUCAGCGAUGGUACGACAAGUUUGCAUGGGCCCCGUGUAUUACGCGAUGGCGAUUUCCUCUGGGGCUACGAGAGUGUUGGGCUCAAGGAGAUCCAACAACUCCUUGUUGGUAAUACCUUGCUUGGAUUCUCAAUGGAAGCCAUGACUGAGAUUGCGGGGGUUGACGGUAUGCGCAUCCUCGAACACCCUGCAGAACCUCUUCCUUCGUCAGCCUCAAUUUGGAGAUUACCGUUGAUGAAAUGGAUUUUGAGUCUCCCGGAGCUCAAAAACUUCGGUUCUCUCAAGGGCUCAUGGGAGCACCAUCGCCGAAACCUACGGAUCUUCUCCUCAUCAACAUGA